UGGUAUCGACAGUGCGAUUUUCUGGAUUACAGCGGUGACGUGGACAUUGGCAUGUUUGCCGAAGAUUUUGAUGCUCGCAUGCUGGGCCCGCUGUCCGCCCUCGGCCUCCGCCUCUCCCAUCGAUUCGGUCGACCCGGGGAUAGCUUUGAGCUCUCCUUUGAGCUGGCUACAGCCGAGGGUGCUCUAAAGCUCGAUAUUUUCUUUUUCUAUCAUGACCGAACUACGGGGACCUUUUGGAAUGGAGGGACGCAAGCGCGCACCGGCAACAAAUACCGUUAUGACUUUGCUCCCUUUUCGCUUUGCCCUGCGGUCUUUGCCGAUGUGCCCGUUCGAGUUCCCUGCGACACGGCGCAGUACUUACGGGCCAACUAUGGC